CCUGGACCCCAGGAUUCAUGCCCCCGUCUGUCCGAAGCUGCGGUGCACGCCGCCGCCGGCGGGAGGCAGUAGAGACCGACAAAAGGUCGGCGCUCCCCGCCGGGAGCCGGGUGCCGGGAACUUGGGGUGGGGGUCUGGCGGCUCGCGGGCAUGGCGGAGGGGCCUGAAGGGCGAGCCGGGACGCCUGUGUUCCCGGAGCUCCGGAGAUCCCCGGCGGCAAGGGCAGGGGCGCUAUUCUGGGGCAGCAGCUGUUGCGGUUCCGGCAUCUCCAGCCAAGGGAUCAAAAUUCCCCGGGUGGGAACUCCCCCCUCUCCCUCCCGGCGGGCACCCCUCACCCGGCCCCCGCCGCCCUGGACUAGGGGUGGUGGUGGUGCUGGAGAUUAACUAGGGAACCCGAGUGCCGCUAAUUAUAACUCGGGGCUUCCGCUGAGCCUCCCCUUCCCCAAAAAUAGAGAUGGAGUCUCCGCGGGAGAGGGGUCCUGGGCCUCGGAGGGGGCCUCGGCUGGGCGCUACGCAGGGGGGCUGGACUCGCGGCUCUCCGGAUGGGGGGGCCCAGCCAGCGCCAAGAACCUGCGCAGCAGCUCGGGUUCCGCCCCGAUCGGGGUGUCUUGCAGUGGCCCCAGAGUUGGGGGCUAGCGAGGAAGGGGCGCUCGGGGUCUCCGCAGGAAUUCGAGAUGCGAGGCGGUGGCCGGCCCCGCGGGGCGCCUCGCGCACGGGCGUCGGCAAGUGCGGCGGCGAGGGAAGAGUUACGGUCCAACAAAAUAACCUCCUCCAGCGUCCUCUGUGAUCACACUCUUCACAGCUGUCACUGUGGGGAUGUCCUUGAUUCUUCCUGUCCCCCCCUCUACUGCUUCUCCACGGACAUGCAUUGGUUCUUUGGAUGUGGCCGGCAAGAACAGUACUCAGGUCUGGGGACCUCUGUAGGCAUGGAUAUGAUCUUGGCGCACUCCCCAGGCACACAGGUACCUGUGAUGACAGUGAGUCCUUGGAGAUGGGCCAGUGCCUCCCCACUGACUUCCCAUGAACCCCACUUAGUGUCACCUGACUGUGGAGUGAGGUGCCAGGUGGGUGUCACUGAUGAUUGGGCCACCAGCUCCAGCCUCAGCUCUGGUCUUGCUACGUCUGCCCCUUCCUUCUCCCCAGAAGCCCUCUUGUCUGUCUUGAGCUCUGGCUGGGACUGCAUUAAUGUCUGGAGCCACCUCUGGGUCUCAGCUGUGCGUGGGCAGCCUACAGACAGGCUGCCUCUGACACUCACAGCAGCGCCUCUCAACCCCGUAGAGCACUCUUUCCCUUCCGUCUUCUCCCGCACGUCCACGUGGGCAUGGGGGUGUUUCUGGACAGCAGCAAGAGGAUCCCCCGCAGUCUCAGCUUGUCCACCUCCUCCCUGAGUGGGGCUGGGGCUCCCCUGGCUCUGGAGGCAGAGUGGCCACUGCCCCAGCUCAGAGUGCAAAGAUGUCAUGUUUCCCUCUCCUUUCUGGGCAGGCGUUCAAAGGACUGUGCUCCCAGCCAGUAAAUCCUAAGUCAGCGGCAUGGGACAGAUACUGGUAAUUAAAAUACCAUCGAUUUCAGAGUGAGAGAAGUCACGCCCUGAUUCCACCUGCCUUCCUGGCAGAGGUGAGGAGGGUGUAGAACUGUACAGGAUGGGUGGAUUUUCAAGGCUGAGAGGAAGCAGCAGGGAGAUAGAGAGGGCAUUUGCCGGGUAGGAGGUGGGCAAAGCCUGAGGCCAGGAGGCCUGGUGGCUGGAGGGGAGGAGGGGCAUGAAAGAGAAGGGGCGAAGGGGAGGGAGCAGGGUGCUCCCCAGGAAUCCGGUGCUCCUUACAACAGGGACCCCUUCAAGUCUGCAUUCCCCUCACAGUGACAGUAUUUCAUGGUGUUUGAUAGCCCAGCUUUGUUUGGGCAGCCCUGAGGCUUGGCCACACAACUCCAGUGGUCUCCAUGGAGACUGCUCUGAAAAACAGUAACAACACUUUUCUUUCUUUCU